AUGGUGAUCAAGUUCCUGAUGUUGUUCCUUCUCCUUUGGAGAUCUGUAGCAUCACAGAAACAUGAUAUUGCUGGUUUCACCUACAAUGGAUUUCAAGGAGUUAGCAUGAUCUUGGAUGGGUUAGCACAGAUUACUGACAAUGGCCUCCUGAUGUUGGUAAACUCAACUAUUCAACAGGUGCUUUUGCAAGCAAUUAUCUUGGGCCUCAUCAACAUGACCAACAUCGGCAAAUCAUCUAACCAUGUCUUCGCGAUCGAGCUUGAUUGUAUCCAAAAACAGGAGUUCAACGAUAUCGAUGGAAACCAUGUUGGUAUCGAUAUCAAUGACUUGAUAUCUAUUGAAUCUGCUCCAGCAUCUUAUUUUAAUCGCGAAGAGAAUAAGUAUGUGAACCUAAGCCUCAACAAUGAACAACCCAUGCAACUCUGGGUGGAAUAUAAUGGUGCAGAGAAGCAACUUAAUGUGACUUUAGCUCCUAUUAAUGUCCCUAAACCAAAGAUUCCACUCUUGUCCUCAAAAAUUGAUCUUUCUAAGAUCAUAUUGGAACCCAUGUUUGUAGGCUUUUCCUCAGCUACAAAACUCUUGCCAUCAUCCUAUUAUGUUUUGGGAUGGAGUUUUAAAAUGAAUGGGGAAGCAAGAGAACUCACCAUCUCCCAACUUCCUAAGCUUCCUCAUCAAAAAAGACAUAGGAGGAAACCUAGGAGGCUUUUUCUUGUUUCAUUUUCUGUGAUAACUGCUACUUUAGUAGUGUUAAUCUUGAUCUUCUGCAUCAUCCAAUUUAUUGUUAAAACGAAGAAAAAGUUCACCGAAUUACUUGAAGAUUGGGAACUUGAUUAUGGACCUCAUAUAUUCAAAUAUAAAGAUCUCUACAUCGCCACCAAGGGGUUCAAGGACAAAGAGCUUCUUGGAAGUGGUGGCUUUGGUAGCGUCUAUAGAGGUGUAUUACCCACUUCCAAGACAAGUUGCAGUGAAGCGAGUCUCUCACAAUUCUAG